CUAGUAACCGCUUGGUGCCGCCUGUGGGAGAAACGCGGAAGAAGAGUUCAUUCAAGGCGUUUGGUGAUCCGCACGGACAGGACACACACGUACACGAGUUCCCCCCCGGUAAACAUGCUAUCGUGAAGCUUCUCCAAUGCGCCCUCGCGUUUUCCUCUCAUUCACAGCGGUUUCGAGUGGAGAUGUCUGGACACACAGCACUGCAUGGACUGAUACUCUUAUAUUCAAUUCACCCGCUCGUGCUCGCAGAGAAACCGGAUGAUGGCUGUGGUCAUUAUGUCCUGGGCCAAGAGAGUGGUGUCCUGUCCUCUAAGAACUACCCAGGAACUUACCCCAACAACUCCUGGUGUGAAUGGCGGAUCCGUGUACCCAUCGGCCACACGAUCAUCCUCAAGUUUGGAGACCUGAACAUGGAGAAGAAGGACUGCGAGUCAGACUAUUUAAAGGUUCUAAAAGGAUCAUAUGGGGCGGAAAAUGUGUACUGGGAGUACUGCGGGGGUCCGAUGCCCAAGCCUACGCAGAUUCACACAGACUCCAGCGAACUGACUGUCCGCUUUCGUAGCAGCCAGCACAUCUCUGGAAGAGGAUUCCUGCUGUCAUACUCCACAGAAAACCACAAAGAGCUGCUGACAUGCUUGGACAGAGGCAGUCAUUUCCCAGCAUCACAGUACAGGAAGUACUGUCCGGCCGGAUGUGCAGCGGUGACGGGAGACGUGUCUGGGGACAUUUCCCUGGGCUACAGACAUACAUCAGUUUUGUGUAAAGCAGCGGUGCAUGCUGGGGUCAUCAUGGACCAGUUUGGAGGACCAAUCACAGUGGAGGAGCGCCGAGGGCUCAGUCACUACCCUGCGGUCAGAGCCAACGGCGUCCAGUCAAAAGAUGGCUCGUUGUCUGAAACCCUCUUCACGUUUGUGACAAACGAUUGCAGCCAGCAGACUGUUCUUCUUCAUCCAGUGGGCUCUACUACAAGCUUGUCAUCACACAACAUCUCCUCCGAUGGGUCUGAAGUGGACUGGUCCCCUAACAGUACCCAACGGGGUAUCUCUGAUGAACUCAACCAUAACCAUCCACAGUGGCUACAGAUUGAUCUGGGAGAAAAGAGGAGGAUCACAGGCAUUCUGACCACAGGCUUGACUAUCGCAAACAUCGAAUAUUUUGUGAAAAACUACAAGAUCGAGUACAAGGAGAGGAACCGCUGGCGGACAUUUGUCCAGUACAAUAACUCUGAUGAUAUGACUUUUGAAGGAAAUACUGACAGCCUCCACCAAACACGCAACACCUUCCAUCCCUCCAUCGUAGCACGAAGCGUUCGUGUCGUACCUCAACAGUGGCACAGAAUAAUUGCCAUGAGAGUGCAGCUACUGGGCUGUCCUUAUGUUAAACCCAUCCAAGUGAAUUCAUCGUCUCAGGUGACACAGGAGGCCCAGCCGACACAGCCCAUUCACAAUGACAUGACCAAACCAGUGCCCUCUCAGGCUGAUCUUGUUAAUUUGGUUGUAAUAAUUGUGCCCACCAUUCUUCUUGUGGUCCUGAUCCUGGUGGGAAUCUGCUUGGUUAAAAUGCUGUACAAUAAGAAGACAAAGGAGAACACGUACGGCUCUGCAGAGACACAUCAUACAGGCUGUUGGAGACAGAUAAAACAGCCGUUUGCCAGACACCAGUCCACAGAGUUCACCAUCAAAUACAGCUCUGAGAAAGACCCCAUCCAGAAGCUGGACCUGGUAACCAGGGAAAUGGCAGCCGAAUACCAGCAGCCACUCAUGCUUGGCACGGACACUGUGUCUCGAAAAGGCUCGACGUUUAGGCCCAUGGACACCGAGGCCAAAGACAAGGACAGCGAGGCUACUUCUCACUACGACCAACUGCAGACGGGCAUCCAGUACGCCUUGCCACUGACCAAUCAGGAGCCAGAGUACGCCACGCCCAUCAUCGAGCGCCACGCCUUCCGCAAAGAUCCCUUCCUUCCUGAUCCCAGCUACAGCGUCCCAGGGGUGGUACUAAACAAAAGCCCGUCGUUUCGAGCAGUAGAGGGCGGUAAUUGCAGGAAAGUGAUCGGAGGACUGGCUGGGGGCUACCAGACUCCCCAAGUCAAGCUAGACCGGGGGAAUUACCCAGAGGACAUCUACGACAGCCCUAAAAUCCAGAAGCCCGUCGUGAAGAACGGUAGUUGCUCGGCGUACCAAAGACCCCAGAUUAAGUCCCCGGAGCAGGAGUGCUAUUCCACUCCGAGAGACUGCGUCAGACUGCCCUUCUCUGGACUCAGACCCGACCCGGAGGGCAGCAGCUCAGAGGGAAGCUGAGAAGAACUAUACUGUGAUGUUCCUGAUUUACCUGACUCAACAAAAUCACCUCCAGACUCUUCUUAACUUAUUUGUGUAUGAGGGACUCCUUGUUUGUGUAUUUCUGCAGUUGUAAAGGACAGCGGAGGCCGUGAUCAGUUUGUGUAAUUUAAAGGGUUUUUUUGUAUAUGCGAGAUGCUUUGUCUUGACGAAUCAAGAUAUUUU